AUGACCGCUCAGCGGAGCCCGUCAUUACCGCGCUCGAGCACAUCGUCCUCACAGCCUCGCGACACUCAACAGCAGCACCUCUCCGGAAGAAUCAGCGCAAGCAUCAAAUCCACCAUAGUAGGAGUCCCAGACAGUGAAACUCAGAUAUGUCGGUUUCUACCGAAAGGUGAUCUAACAACCAUACUGAGCGAACAAGCGCUGAGGACUUACCUGAAAGAACUACUCAGCGAAAGCACCGAUGAAGUUGUCGAAAAUGCCCUCCAUAGAAUAAUCGGUGAUCCAGAAUGUAAUGAACCUUCGAGAAGGGCCCUGCUUGCGCUCUUUCUUUAUCACCAGCGUUCCGGAUUGCUCCAUCAUUUUAAGGACUGGCUGCUAGCACCCCAGCAUGAUUUCCCAUCGGAUGAAUGGCUACCCUUCGACCAGGACCGCUUGGACAGAACUACACUCCCACCGCGAUGUCAUGAAUACAUUAAGGAUUACCAAUACAUCUUUAUUCCAUCCACGAUCAGAGAAGAUAUGCACCAGACAUUCCACUCCAAAGAACGGUUGCCCUACAUUGGUCCACCUUUAGCUUCUAUAGACGGAUCGUCAGGAACUGUCUUUACAAGAAAGGUCGCACCAGGUCACUGGGAGGAGAAGCGCAAGAAUGGUAGCUAUGCACCAGCGGAUACAACAAAGCCAACAGUGUUAGCCUUCAAGGUCUUCAGUGGUGGGCAUACUGGACAAGAGGCCGAGACGAAUUUUGAAAUCGAGCGUAACAUGCUCGAAGAUCUCCGUAACGGAAAUUACAAGCACAAGAUGAUCUUACUGGAUUCAGGGAGCUUUGUCAUUCGAGACGAAACUCGUAUUAUACAACACUGUUUGAUUUUCGAACGUGCGACUUGCACACUCGAAGAGUUUCUCACCGACGAAAAGAGAGGACUGAAAUCCUGGACCAGUAGUCUAUUACUCACAAAUCUCGUUGGCCUUGUGCAGGCGCUAGCAUGUUUACAUGACAAUCUGGAUACUCUUCAUCUCGAUAUAAAACCCGACAACAUACUCGUCUUUGAUAGGCCUCCUAUCCAAUUGGAAGAUGGAACUUUACAAGAAGCCAAGUUCGAGUGGAAGAUAAGCGACUUCGGUCUGGCUCGCAAACGCCAUGCCAAAGAGAGGACAGGGCCUUUAUACGACAGAAACCGUUCAGCAUCUCAAUCUGCCUCACUCUAUGCGACAAGACCUGCGGGAAGGUUUCAGGCUCCGGAGGUUCAACGACGGGGAUCUAGCAAAGCAAGCCGAGGCAGCGAUGUUUGGUCAAUGGGGUGUGUCAUCCUCAUGGUUUUGGGUUUUCUGGUAGACACGCCUUCAAGAGUGUUGAGAUUGCUGAACAGCCUACAACUAGAGAUUGUAGAGGGAGGGGUAACCGACAACUUGUUUUACGUCACAAGUGAUACGUAUGAGUGGAGAAGUGUAAUGAUAAAAGAGCUAUAUCGCUUCGAUUAUCUGGACGAACCUGACCCGGUUAUCGGCAUUAUCCCGGAAGCACGACAGAUGGAAGCAGCUGUGCAUCCUGAAGUUGUGAAAUGGUCCAACCAAUUAUUUCGCUGGUGUAACGACAAGCCAGAGCAGCCGAUUUUGAAAGAUGCGCUCGGUAUUGUAUUUCUGCGCGUUCUCUUGAUCGAAAAGAGCCAAAGGAUUGGAGCAUUUUACUUGAGCAAGCGUCUUGCCGAUGUGAGAGACCGUUGGAAAGAGAUAGAGGCCCCCAGCGAACCCCAAAAUGAACACCCAGAACCCAGGAGCCUGCAUAGUCUGGAACCCGAUGACGAUAAUGGCGUCACUACACCUCCACAUGGUUCAGACAAUCAGGGCGGAAGCCCUGUGCCUUCUCCUAUCGUUGAAGAACCGCAGCCAGUUGCUCUAGAUCAUUCCAGACUAUGCUCAGCGAUCACGCAGACGGGUUCUGCUAGCCCGAAGGGGUUCCGACAAGUCAUAAAAGAAGAGCUCAUUAGAGAUAUUAGCCAAGUGAGAGAGCCUUGUCCUUUGUUGAGCUGCCAAAGCCACCCUAUUAAUGUGGCUAUACGGCACAAGUCGUACGAUGCUCUAGAAGAGCUACUCAUCAAGGCGAACUCCGGUGACUUGAUCAUUCCCUGUUCUGGUUGUGGGGAUCGUACUCCAUUGGAGGAGGCAUGCGAGAGGCCUGGAGACCCCAAAGCCCUCAAGUAUUUCAAGCUUUAUAAGAGCGAAUUUGGAGUUACGAGAGAGUUCUACGAUGGUCAUAAAAGCAACAUGACAAAACCCGCCAAGGAAGCUCUGAGAAAACUACUUCAGGCCCCGGGGCAGCAACAAACAGAUGGAAGUGUGAUCAGAAGAAUCCUGACAGGUAGAUCCAACGGCAGUUAG